ACCAUGUUCGUAUGAUGAAAAUUUUAUUAAGAAAAACAAAACAAUUCACUUCAAUGUUCUCUUAAGCUUUGAGAGUAACUGUAAUAAUGUCUUUCAGCUUCCAGCAAAUAAAAACAAACAAGAGGAAUUUGAUGACUUUGCUCAUCCACACCCACCGAAUCCGGCUGCAUGCUGUAAGCAAAAGGGCAAGCGAGUCAAUUCACAACACCACUUUCACUUUCUCUCUCUUCCCCUAACAAUAAAAGCCGAGAAGCCUUCGUUUUUCUAACUCCGUCUCUGCCGGCACGCAUCGUAUAGAAAAGAUAGAGGAAAGUCGCCUUGUCAUCAUUAACAGUGUUUGUGUAUAUCGGAGAAAUUAGGGUAUUGAAGAGGUCGCUCAUGGACGGAGAUGGAGCGACGACGAUCGCGGAGGCGCAGUACGCGACGGCGAAGACAUCGGUGUGGUGGGACAUCGAGAACUGCCACGUCCCCAAGGGUUCGGAUCCGCACGCCAUCGCGCAGAACAUCAGUUCUGCUCUCGUUCGCAUGAACUACUGCGGCCCCGUCUCCAUCUCCUCCUACGGCGACACCACGCGCAUCCCAGCAUCUGUACAGCACGCGCUCUCCAGUACCGGAAUCUCCCUCAAUCACGUCCCGGCCGGUGUGAAAGACGCAAGAGACGAGAAGAUUCUUGUUGAUAUGCUGUUCUGGGCACUGGACAAUCCCGCACCUGCUAAUUAUUUAUUAAUUUCGGGUGACCGAGACUUCUCGAAUGCUCUCCAUCAACUUCGGAUGAGGAGAUAUAAUAUUCUUCUUGCGCAACCUCAGAAGGCAUCUGCACCCCUAGUUGCAGCCGCCAAGAGUGUAUGGCUUUGGACUAGCCUCUUAGCUGGAGGACCUCCUCUUUCUAAUGGUGAAUCACAACAACUUGGUAAUGGUAGCCUCAGCCAUGUAUCAUCUUCUGACUCCUUACAAAUUCCGGUUACAAGUGCUACUCAGAUACAACAACAGGUGGAUUCCUACUCAGAAGUACAUGUAGGAAAUUCAAAAUUUACAAAUGGAGGAAGGGGAUUUGAUUCUAGAUAUCAGGGGAAAACAAAUUGGAGAAACCUGAGCCAAUCGAAUGGACCUAGAGCCAUGAAUCCUCUGCCUGUUGUACUUCAAGAUAAUCGUAAUCGUAAUAAUGCAAACUCUUCUCAACCUGGCAACUUUAAUCUAAAUGUUCCAUCAAGUGCUACAAAUCAUGGUCAUGGCAAUACUGAUCAGUUAUGGAGCAAUAACAGUAAUCUACAGGGCAAUCAUCAAAUCCCUUAUUCACAGCCAUUAAGACCAAACAACUUCCCAUUGCAACCUCCUUUUGCACCUAGUAAUUCAUAUACACCAAAUUCCCAUACUUUUCCAACUUCAGUGGUUCCACCUAGGACUGGUGGUCCCAAUUUCACUUCAGGACCACAUACCAAUGUGCCAGAUAUUGGUAGUCUGAGCAUUUCUGGAUAUCCUAAUAGUGUUCAUAACCCACCUAUUGUUCCGCAACGGAGUGGAGAGUUGAAACAGAAUCCUAAUAGUAAUGCUCCACUUCUUUUAAGAUCAAUUGAUGACAAAAAUGGACAUAUGGUACAGAACAGUGGCACACAACAAUUACACCAAGGUUAUCAACAUGGUCCAGAAUAUCAACCUAUGCCGUUGGCAGCAAUGGGUAAUAAUAACCCUUCUGGUAAUGGUAUGUGGGGUUCUCCGGGAUGUCCUAAACCUUCUGAAUAUGUACAAGGCCUAAUAGGGGUUGUUUUACUUGCCUUGAACUCACUAAAAAAUGCAAAGAUGAUGCCAACUGAGGCAAAUAUAACUGACUGCAUCCGGUAUGGAGAUCCCAAGCACCGCAACACUGAUGUUAAGAAGGCUCUUGAAAGUGCUAUAGAGCAGAAUAUGGUGGUGAAACAAAAUUUAGGUGCUUUGCCGUUGUAUGUUGGUAAGAAUGAUAAACUUUGGAAAUGUGUAAAUCCUUUAGGUGGUACUCCUAAGCAGCAUUCAAAAGAAACAUGGGAUCAAAUUGGAAAGUUUUUAACAACUCCUGCUGGAAGAUCAGCACUAAUGGGUACACAGUGCAAGUAUGAAGCAGGUAUUGUGAUUAAGAGUAUGUGCUUUAAAGAUCUUGUUUUGGGUGAUGUCCUUCAGAUAUUGAACAUGUUAAUUACCCAUAAAAAAUGGGUUACACAUCAUCCAUCUGGUUGGCAGCCACUUAACAUUACUCUUCCCGAGAUAAACCCCACUUCAGGGGUUGUAGCUGGUGCAUAACUGCACCCUGACUCUGGUAAUGGAAAGGCUGCUAGAGAAAUCUCAUUGAAAUUAAUUAUUAAUGAAUAAAGUACGAGCCAGUUGGAAUAGGAAUUGGUUGAAUAAUCCUCUCUUCCCCAUCUGAAUCAAAAGGUAGGUAGUAAUGGUGAACUUUAGUAAUGUGCAUCUUGUGUGUUUAUGGCUAUUGUUAAAGCUUUCAGUUGAUUUUGUGGGAGAAAUGAAAGCAGCAUUUGGACAAUAGUUGAAUUAUACCAAACACUACUGUUUGGUGUGUGGUUGCUGAGGUUCCUACUAUGGCCUGUUUUGCAUCACAGUAUCUUGGAAUUAGUAUGCUUUCCUGUGUCCUGAGCUUCUACGCAUCUCUUCCUACAGAUUUAUAUUUUGCUUGGAGGUUGCCUUAUUAAAUGGCUGGACUCUUUGGAUCCUUUUAUUUAUAUAUUCUUAAGCGGUGUCCGGGACAUUGACCAAGUAUGUGUUUUGAACUUUUGCUGGAUAUUGAUGGACCUUUGAGCUAGUCAGGUAAACCAUUCUCAAUGUUGUUUGCCUUUAUCACUUAGGAAGUGAUCUACCCAAUCAAAUUCUUCAGGGUGAACUGUGGAAUGCAAGUCCUGAAACUGUUUUGUUAGCUUAUGUUUGUUGGUGGCUAUCUUCGAAAUGUUACAAGAAGUUAAACUACUGGACAGAGAACACUUAAUUUGCAAAAAAAAAUUGAAGGAGACUGUACUCUUAAAAUCCUCUGCAUGAAGCUCAUGAUUCGUUAUCACAACAAAAAUACCCGGUAAGUUAAUGAUCUUGGAAUUUGACUAAAAAUACGUUACGGAGUACCCAAAAUGAUUCAAAGAUGGUUAAACUAAAUGUUAGUGCAUCUUAUUGCAUCUCUUGUUGCUGAUGAUGCCUACGUAAUUGUGAUAUUUUAUUAUUCAUCUGGAUACCUUGCACAAUGUUCAGAAUUCGGUAAUUCAGUGGGGAGUAAUUAAUCUGGUCUUGCCGCUUCCUAUUGCCUUUGUAAUGUUGUCCGAAUUUAAAUUUGUUUUGUAUCAUAUAGAUUGUUAAGUUAUAUGCCCUCCGCCUUUAAGUUUUAUCUUCUCUUUUUUGGGUUGUAUGUCCUUAUGACUGUAGCAUGGUUCAAUUUGUGUUUGAUUAGAUUAAACUUUCUCAAUCUUAGUGUGGCUGGUGUUGACUCACAGCGAGUUAUAGCUGUACAUAAACUCAGAUUUGGACUUGUGCAGCCAGCAAGUAAUGUACCGUCCCAUUUAUCUUUUAAUGGUUCAGCAUCAACUGAUUUGUAC